AUGAGGGUUCACUCUGUGCCAGCCCUUGCAGCUGUGCUUCUUCUUCUUCCAAGCUUUGCCGUUUCGGUCAUCGUCCAUUGGAAGGUGCAAGCUGCAGAUUGCGCACCGUUCGUCACUUCUUCUAGCAAGGAGGAUGCUGCGAAAAAGUUUGGCGACAAGUGCUACGCCAUAGCGGGUGCUUCCCAUUGGGCAGACAGCAGUGUCGAUGGGGAAGCCAAUGGACUUUGCACGUACGUCUAG